AUGGCGGCGACGAUGGGCGCGGUGCGGGUGCUGUGCGGCGCGGAGAAGGAGCGGGUGGUGGGCACGCACAAGGCGCCCGGGGCGUGCCCGCGCUGCGGCGGGGCCGUGGUGGCCGUCGACGUGGAGAGCGAGCGGCGCAUCCUCGGCCUGCCGCUGUGCUUCAAGAGCAAGCGCAAGUACUCCUGCACCAAGUGCUCCGCCGCCUCGUCACCCUCUACAGCUAAUUAA